AUGCCCAGUUCACGGCAGAACUCUGUUGCGACCUUCAGUUUGGUCCAACAGGCAACGAGGGCUGCUGGGAUUCGGUUCACACCUUUGCGCGCUGUUGCGGAGAACCGAAGCAAGUACAGGAGGAGGACUGCCGAGAUUCCAAGAGCUUCGACUCUGAGUCCUGCUGCGACCUUCUCAAAGGCGAUCGCGGUGACGAGGCUCUGUCGGCCUCGUGCGCAGCCAUGA